AUGGCCAAGGAUCAAAUUCAGGUGCUGAAAGCACUUGAUGCGGCGAAAACGCAAUGGUACCAUUUCACUGCGAUCAUCAUAGCUGGGAUGGGGUUCUUUACUGACGCGUAUGAUUUGUUCUGCGUGUCGCUUGUCACGAAGUUGCUUGGCCGGAUAUAUUACCAUGUUGAGGGUGCAGAGAAGCCGGGGACGUUGCCUCCGAACGUAUCAGCGGCGGUAAAUGGUGUUGCGUUUGUUGGAACACUUUUGGGACAGCUUUUCUUUGGUUGGCUUGGCGAUAAGUUGGGUAGAAAAAAAGUCUAUGGCGUGACUCUGUUGUUGAUGGUUGUCUGCUCGGUUGGUUCCGGACUUUCUUUUGGACAUACUCCAAAAUCUGUCAUUACAACUCUUUGCUUUUUUAGGUUUUGGCUUGGGUUUGGUAUUGGUGGAGACUACCCGCUUUCGGCUACCAUAAUGUCUGAGUAUUCUAAUAAGAAGACUCGCGGUGCCUUCAUUGCCGCAGUCUUUGCCAUGCAGGGUUUUGGAAUAUUGGCAGGUGGGUUAUUUGCGAUCAUAGUUUCAGCUGCCUUCAAGGCCAAUUAUGAUUCUCCUUCGUACGAGGUUGAUCCACUUCGUUCAACUGUUCCUCAAGCUGACUACAUUUGGAGGAUAAUUGUCAUGGUAGGAGCAAUCCCGGCUGGAUUGACUUUCUACUCGCGAACAAAGAUGCCAGAAACCGCUCGUUAUACCGCUUUAGUUGCUAAGAAUACUGCACAGGCUGCAGCAGAUAUGUCUAAGGUUCUGCAGGUUGAUAUUGAAGCUGACCCGGUGAAAGAGGAGGACGCGUCAAAGGUUAAACCAUUUGGCUUGUUCUCGAAAGAGUUCCUCCGUCGCCAUGGAAUACAUUUAUUUGCUACGGCAAGUACUUGGUUCUUGCUUGAUAUAGCAUUUUAUAGUCAAAAUCUCUUCCAGAAGGAUAUUUUCACUUCGGUUGGUUGGAUUCCUCCCGCAAAAACCAUGAAUGCUAUCGAAGAAGUUUACAAAAUUGCAAGAGCUCAAAUGCUUAUUGCUCUAUGCAGUACAGUUCCCGGCUACUGGUUCACCGUGGCAUUGAUCGACAGGAUAGGAAGAUAUACCAUCCAAUUGAUGGGAUUCUUCUUUAUGACUGUCUUCAUGUUUAUUCUUGCCAUUCCUUAUGAACACUGGACUCAUAAGGAAAACCGAUUAGGAUUCGUCGUGAUGUAUUCCUUGACAUUCUUCUUUGCAAAUUUUGGACCUAAUGCUACCACAUUUGUUGUAUCGGCCGAGAUUUUUCCUGCUAGAUUCCGUUCUACUUGCCAUGGAAUAUCGUCCGCAGCGGGGAAGCUUGGUGCCAUAGUAGGUGCAUUCGGGUUCUUGUACUUGGCACAAAACAAGGACAAAAAUAAAACAGAUGCAGGGUACCCUGCAGGUAUCGGUGUGAAGAAUGCACUGAUUGUGUUGGGUUUUGUUAACAUGUUGGGGUUCCUUUGCACUCUCUUGAUACCUGAGGCAAAAGGAAAAUCUUUAGAGGAGAUGUCAGGUGAGAAUGAAGAGGAGGAAGUUGAAAGCCAAGAUGUAGAGAAAUCUCAUUCUAACAACAAUAGUACUGUUCCACAUAAUUUAGUUUAG